GGGAAUUAAAGAAAGACAAUCAUAUCAAGGGAAAUAACUUCUACAACACCUCAACCUCGGUUCUUUUCAAUUAUUAAUUAAGGUGCUUAAUUACUGAUCACUGACUCGCAGUUUAUAUCCGAAUACGAUGACUGAAGAUAGUGCAGGGGUGAUAACAGUCACCUGUGGAAAUUUGGUUGGCAAACUACAUAUGAAGAAAUUUAUUUGUCCUGGCAUUCACCGAGAAUGUAUUGAGUUUGAAGGCCGUUUUAUCUCUCCAAAACUGUUUUCUGUCAUGGGCGAGAAAGAAAAGCUGAAAGACUGGAAGAAUGCUGUUCGAAUAAAUGGCAUCCAACUCAGGAAGUACAUUGAAUCAGGACAGUUGGAUUUUACUAAUCACCAAGAGAUGUGUACAGGUCGCUGUGUACCGCGAGUACCAUUGAAGACAAUGGUAUUUGAUGAUGGCACUUUGGCCCCAAUCUCAACUCUGCUGGCAGGGACUGGGAUUAGCAUUAAAGAAAACAAUUAUCUCUAUGUUUCUGAACAGACUUCUGGCAAAAUUGCUGAACCAGUAGGAAGUCAGUAUACAUAUGUUAAUCAAUCUCAAAACCAAGAUGACCCCGAUAUCAAACCAAGUGUACAGGUUCUGCAUAGAGCUGUGACAGCUGAAAACACUGAAGAACAACAACCACCUGAUGUUUUACAGACAUUUCCUCGUGCUAGUUCUACUGGUGAGAUGGCUUAUGUUGGAGCACAGCCCGGUGGCUCUGAAAGUCAACUGUUUUGGAAAGGAAUCAUUGAGCUCGGUCUUGCUGAUGAAAUAUUUCGGGAAAUCAAGACCACCUUGGACAAUCUAAAAUAUAAUCUCAUUCGAAACCAAUGUCCACUUGAAGAGGUACGGAAGGUUUCAAGAGUUGUCAGUGAACUGGGUUUGACAUCGAAACUGAAAUACAGGUUAGCAGCUCACAAAACUGACAUGGAACGAUAGAAAGAUAAAGAACUGGAAGAAUAUCACAUCAUGUUAUCAUGAAAGAAAUUACUUCAUUCAGAUGUGCCUUUGAUGUUUUUAUCAACUUUCAUCAACUAAAGGAAGACGAUAUAUUUAUAAGGAGCAUUCAUCCAUACAUCAACGUUUCUAUAUAAAUAUAAUAUAUGA